AUGUCUUCUGAAAAGAAGCCCAAAAAGAAGAAGCCAGAGUCUUCUACAGCAGAAACCAAUGCAACCGAAGCCAAACCUAAAAAGACGAAGUCUAAGAAGAGUGGAGAUUUAUCGGCCGAGAGCAGCCCAGCCACUCAAAAUGGAGAGAAAGUGAAGAAGAAGAAAGUAGAGAAAGAGAAGGAAUCGCCAGAGAAGGAGAAAGAACCCAAAAAGAAAGCUAAAAGCGCUCCAAAGAAAAAGAAGAGCUCUACAGAAGAGGAUGAUGAUGAUGAUGAAGAGGAUGACGGGGAGAGCACGCCUCAGAAGAAGACGAAAAAAAAGACUUCAAAGGAAACUUCUGAUGGAAAAGAAAAAGAAAGAGAUAAAGAAAAGGACAAAGACAAAGACAAAAAGUCCAAAUCUAAAGACGCUAAAGAAGACACAGACAGUAAAUUAAAAUCCAAAGGCAAGAAGAAGGAACCAGCCUCUAUGUUUCAGAUAAAUGGAGACAAGCCAGAAACCAAGAGUAAAAAGAAAGCCGCCAAAUCAAAGAGUGAAGACGAGAGCGAACCAGAAACCAAAAGCAGCAAGACGAAGAAGAAAAGCAGCUCAAACCCAGCGUCCAUGUUCCAGACCGGAGGAGACAAAGACAAGGACAAAAAGACCAAAAAGUCCAAAAGUAAGUCCUGUUGUCCUGCUAAAACAGAAGAGAGUGAAGAAUCAGAUUCAGAAGUGACACAGAAGAAGAAAAAGGGAAAAGGGAAAAAAGUCAAGAAGGAGGAAAGGGCACCUUCUCCCAUCAUCGAGUUUGACAAUCUGGAAGAGUUUGUACUUCAACCUGCUCAACAAGGUGUCACCGUAAAGUGUAAAGUGACCCGUGACAAGAGAGGAAUGGACAAAGGCCUUUAUCCAACAUACUACCUGCACCUGGACAAUGCGAAAAAAGUGUUUUUGUUAGCGGGGAGGAAGAGGAAGAAAAGCACAACCUCAAACUACCUGAUCUCCAUCAACCCAACUGACCUCUCGAGAGGAGGAGAAAACUUUAUCGGGAAGUUGAGGUCCAAUCUAAUGGGAACUAAAUUCACAGUGUUUGAUAAUGCACUACAUCCGGACAGAGCCCUCCCUGACAUGUCCAACGCACGACAGGAAUUAGCGGCCAUUAUCUAUGAAACCAAUGUUUUGGGCAUGAAAGGGCCGAGACGAAUGAUUAUAGUUAUCCCCGGCAUGAACAAAGACGGUGAACGAGUGCCCAUACAGCCACGAAGUGACAAUGACGGUCUCCUCAUGAGACAUCAAAACAGAAAUAUGGAGAACUUGAUAGAGCUGCGCAAUAAGACGCCAGUGUGGAACGAAGAUACGGCGUCACACGUGUUAAACUUCAACGGCAGAGUGACACAGGCCUCCAUCAAAAACUUCCAGAUUGUCCAUAACAAAGACCAGGACUACAUUGUGAUGCAGUUUGGGAGAAUUGCCGAUGACGCCUUUACUCUGGACUAUAAGUAUCCUCUGUGUGCCGUACAGGCGUUUGCUAUCGCGCUUUCCAGCUUUGACGGCAAAAUCGCCUGCGAGUAAAAGAUCCAAGACGUCUACCUGAUAUCUUUUUGUGAUUUUGUCACAUGCAACAAAUGGGAAACGUCACUCAGCAUCAGCUCCUUGUAAUACACUACGAAACGACCAAAAGUCAUGAACCUGAAAAUGAUAUUGUAGCCUCUGGGGUUACAUGAUUUUACUUGCCAUACAGAGACCUGCUGAGGUUCUAGACCGUCCUGAGUGGUUCUAUCCACUCAAAAAUUGUGUAAAAUGUGCUACAAUCAAAUAAUAGGUGUACUGGUGGAAGGAUAGGGUGUGUUGAUGUUUGAUUUGAGAGUGUGAAAAUGCCCCCUGGUGGAGAGGAGGACAUAUUACACUCUGUAUGUGCUUGAUCGGACUUCAGUAAGAGCUCAAACUGGAGAAAAUGUAUGGUUGAAUGUUGUCACCAGAAAUUGUAUUAUUUUAUGUUUAGACGAUCUAUACAGGUUAAUUAAAUGUAAUGUAUGUUAGUAUGGUCUGUUUUACGUUUCAAACCAGAAAUCAGCAUUAUUACCAUAGCACAGGGGUCGCAAGAUAGUUUUAUACGACCCCUUAAGUGUUAAUAAUUUGUGGAAGAAUGCUUAUAAAAGAGUGAGUGAGAGAGAAAGAGAUUGCUUGUUGUGUUCUGAAAGCUUCAGAUUACAGCAAGGUCUUGAUUUAUCAAAGCAGAUAGUAAAAUUCAGAUUUUUGUGCAUGCAGUAUCUCUCGCAUGGAGUAUGUCAAGCAUCUCAACCGCUCAUGCCGUUUCUUGCUUACUCAAGCAAAAAUGACUUGUAAAUCUCUUUUACAGAUGCAUAAUAAGUGUCAUUACAAAAGAAUUCCACAUCAAGAUGUAUAGGGGUGAUUCUUUCGAAGCCUGUCAAGAAAAUGCCCUGGCCAUAUUUAACCACAGUUCAACAACAAAAAAUAUGAAAAUAUAUUUUGCAUAAAGAAAAUGAAGCCAACUUUUAGGACCAUUAAGAGAUUCAGAACACUUAAGCAGAUUUUACCGCCAAAUUCUCAUUAAUGUAAUGCGUCUGAAAGUUUUUUUCUUGUUGUUUUCAAUGAUGAUUCUAAUUACCAUAACUCCAUCAUUUUUUAUUGUUUCAGAGUAAAAAGCAUACUUUUGUACAAUUAUCUUUUAUUGAAAUCUGCAAAUAUGAAAGGCCGUGCCAAGGGAGGACUGCUGAACUAUAAUGUUUAAAUGCAAUACAAUUUAAAUACCAUGCAGUAUAUCUUUUUUACAUUGUGGUAAGCAGAAUACCAUAUUAACCAUUUAAGCUGUGAGGGUGUUUUUAAAGAUGUCCUGUAUCAGUAGCAUGAAUAAAACUAAAGGCUUAUAACUCUACAUUGUUUGAUAUCAUUUUAAAGAAAACUAAAAAAAAAAGUUUUUAUUAAUAUAGAUUAUGAUAAAUGAUGUCUCUCAGCCUGCUGAAAAAAAACUAAAAAUAUUUUAGCCAAAAAUACACUUUAUUUUCUUAUUUUUAUAAUUUGACAUUAUAUAUCUCAGAGUGUAAAUAAAAAAAGGGAAAAACUGCUUUUGUUUUGUUAGCAAUGGUGCAACUCGUAACUCUUUCAAAUUGUGUGUUGAUUCGACAACGUAAUUAAAAUGUAUAGCAUUACAAAAAUUAUUUAUCCUUGUGUCCAAACACGUCUCCAAGUGCCCAAAAGCCUCUCCAAAUAAAUAAAACAUAAUAAUUGUACAUAAGAAAUAAUUACACACGUAAACACAACAAUGACUCAAGGUAUGCUCUCUCUCCAAAGAAUGCAGGCAUGAGUAACGAGAUCUCAUUCAGUUCCAUUCUGUGUCAUUUGAGCCAUCAUUGAGUCUGUGUCAGGUACUACUGUAUAUGUAGGCUAUAUGUAAUUAGAGUGAAAAAUCCUCUCUGCCCAUAUUUGGAUGACUUCCAUCUCUGGUUGCCGCGAUCUGAAUCCUAAUACAAUUGAUUUAGUGUGCCAUGAUGCUGGACAAUGUACUACAUAAUUUCUGAUGACGUUAGCUGAUCAAGUAAAGCUAACGUGUUUUUAGCCAGAUAGCACAUUAUGUGCUGGGUGCACAUUGUGGAUUAUCUAAUAAUCUCUGCAUCCAAUGUCAUGUGUGGGCUCGUUUUAACGGGAAUCCCCUCCUCUAAGUAAUGCUAUGUGAUAUUGUACAUUAUGUUUAUUAUUCUAGAAGUUAUAAGCAAAAACACGGCUUAUAAGCAACACAUGUUUACUUUUAAUUUGUAUGUCAAAGACAUAUACUUAGCUAUUACUCGUUACAUAUUUUUCUUUGAGUAAUACAAAUUAAAAGUAAACGUGUGUUGCUUAUAAGCCGUGUUUUUGCUUAUAACUUCUAGAAUGGUUGUAUUCUAAACUUUGAGAGCUUUCCAACAACAUUCAAUGAUUACAACGAUUGUAUAUGUACAGUGCAAAAUUGUUAAUAAAUGAUCAAAACUGAACACUUCUGAUUUGUCUACAAAUUUCGAAGCACUUUUUCCAUUUUGUUCAUAAUGCCUACAUGCAUUGUAAACUAGAGCAUCUAAGCUUUAAAAUGUAUUUUAUGUUGGUCAAGACUGUAGUUAUUGAUAUUUUGAUCAAUAUCUUUUUCUUGUUGGCACUGCUGUAAUGAGAAUUGGGAGGUAAAAUCUGCCAUAACUGUCACAAAAAUAAUGUAACAAUUUAAAAAAAAAAAACUAUGCUUUAUUUUCUAUUUACAAAAUAUAAUUUCAUAUUUGUUUAUUUUAUAUUUGGAGUAAAAUAGGACAUUUUCUUGACAUCACUGAUGCAGUGUGUGUGUGUGUGUGUGUGUGUGUGUGUGUGUGUGUGAGUGUCAGGCAUUUGGUGUAUACUUGUUUUGUUUGGCCUUUUAUAUGUCAUUUUAGUUUUCUUGUAACACAGAUUACUUGUAUAACACAAUAAAAUGUAUUUGAUGUAAACUCAUAGUUGUC